AUGACCCAACUUCAAGGUAUUUUCGCUGCUAUUCCAACUCCUCUCACUGCUGAUGCAAAACAGAUUGAUAUUCCGAAUAUCGCAAAGCAAGUUGACAGGCUUGCUGAAGCUGGAAUUCAUGGUGUUGUAACAACUGGUACCACUGGUGAAUUUCCAGCCCUUACUACUGAUGAACAUAAAAGUGUCAUUAAGGCUUAUGUUGAUGCUGCGAAGGGAAAAUUCCCUGUUGUAGCAGGCCUUGGUAGUAACAGCACUCAACAUGCUAUUGAAAUGGCUCAAUUCUCUGAAAAGGUCGGUGCUACUGCUGUUAUGAUUGUUCCACCAUUCUAUGAUCCUCUUUCUUUCAAGGCACUUUACAAAUUUUAUGAAGAUGUCUGUGGAUCCAUCUCAAUUCCUGUCAUGUACUAUAAUUUGCCGGGUGCGACUGGUGUUCACCUUACUGCUGAUCAAGUUAGGCAAUUAGGUGAGAUCAAAGGCUUUGAUUAUAUGAAAGACACUUCUGGUAAUGCUAAGGAGCAUGCAGAUCUUCUUACCAAUCCUUCUGAUAACAUUACUGUCUUCAAUGGAUGGGAUACUUUAACUUUUUUCUCCAUGUCCCAUGGGGCUCAAGCUGUUGUUUGGGGUAUUGCAUCUAUUGUUCCAAAGGAAUGCGUUGAGCUUUGGAACACUUUUACAAAGGAGAAGAACAUUGAUAAAGCUAGAGAGCAGUGGAAAUUCCUUUGGGAGGUCAGUGAUUUCUUGGAGAGCGUUAAUUAUCCGGCUGGUAUCAAGACAGGACUUGAUAUUAUAGGAAAAUCUGCUGGACCACUCAGACUUCCAACUCUCCCAUUAGAAACAAAUGAUGUUGAGAAGCUCACCAAAAUUCUUGAAAAGAGAAAGUACAAAUAA